UUUGGGACCUCGAGCGGGAGGUGGCGGCGACGGCGGCAGCGGUGGGGACCUCAGACGGAAGGCAGGGUAGGCCCUGUGAGCACGCGGACCGACCAGACAAACAGCCAACAAACAGCCAAACUUUAGCCUUGUUCUCUCUACCGCUUACACGUCCAGCCAACCGUCCACCGAGCUCCCCCGAGCCCCCUCUCCGUCCACUCAGGUUCGGCCGGUCCCCGGCCCUCCCCGCAGCCGUGGUGGCAGCCCCGGGAGGAGCGCUGGCUUCCGUCUCCUUUGAUUCUCGAGAUUUGAAGAUGGCUGCACAGUCAGCUCCGAAAGUUGUGCUAAAGAGCACCACCAAGAUGUCUCUAAAUGAGCGCUUUACUAAUAUGCUGAAGAACAAACAGCCGAUGCCAGUGAAUAUUCGCGCUUCGAUGCAGCAACAACAGCAGCUAGCCAGUGCCAGAAACAGAAGACUGGCCCAGCAGAUGGAGAAUAGACCCUCUGUCCAGGCAGCAUUAAAACUUAAGCAGAAGAGCUUAAAGCAGCGCCUGGGUAAGAGUAACAUCCAGGCCCGGUUAGGCCGGCCCAUAGGGGCCCUGGCCAGGGGAGCAGUCGGAGGACGAGGCCUGCCCAUAAUCCAGAGAGGCCUGCCCAGAGGAGCACUGCGAGGGGGACGUGCCACGAGAACCCUGCUGAGGGGCGGGAUGUCGCUCCGAGGUCAAAACCUGCUGCGCGGUGGACGAGCCGCAGCUCCCCGAAUGGGCUUAAGAAGAGGUGGUGUUCGAGGUCGUGGAGGUCCUGGGAGAGGGGGCCUAGGGCGUGGAGCUAUGGGUCGUGGCGGAAUCAGUGGUAGAGGUCGGGGUAUAAUAGGUCGGGGAAGAGGGGGCUUUGGAGGCCGAGGCCGUGGACGAGGACGAGGACGAGGUGCCCUUUCUCGACCUGUGCUGACCAAGGAGCAGCUGGACAACCAGUUAGAUGCCUACAUGUCAAAAACAAAAGGACACCUGGAUGCUGAGUUGGAUGCCUACAUGGCGCAGACAGAUCCAGAAGCCAAUGAUUGAAGUCCGCCCACCCGCCCAUGAGAGACUCUUGUUGAAGGCACCACGUGUGUAAAUACUGUUGAGAAAACCGAUGAGAAGAAUCCUGAUUGGAGCUGGAAGGACUUGUCACAAUAGGUUGUGGACUUAUUUGCCACCUGUUUGCAUUUAGUGUGUUCCUUUUACUUUUUGAUACUGUUGUAUGAAACCCUUUUUCCUCUGACUUGAUUUUACAUAUUAUAUAUAUUUUAUUCUCUCAUGCCCCCA